AUGUUCCUUGAACUAACUUCUCUUCUGGGAAGAACUGGAACUGUGGUUUGUGCCUUCCUUAUUGCCUCUGAACUAUUUUUAACUGCAAAGGAAAGCCUGUAUUAUUUUGGAGAAAGGCAAACAGAUAAAACCAACAGCACUGAAUUUCAGGGAGUAGAAAUUCCUUCUCAGAAUAGAUAUGUUGGAUAUUUUGCACAAGUGAAACAUAUCUACAACUGGAAUCUCCCUCCAAGAAGGAUACUUUUUACAAAAGCAUUCAUUAUUUAUUCGAUUCAUGGUGAUGGAUAUGAUCUAAAAGUCAAAAUAGUAAUAGAGAAAAAGGUUGUACUUUUCCUGUACUUAUUUAAGAAAUUGUUAGGCUUAACCACAAAGAAAUGA